AUGCAAAUAUCUAUAUUACGCACUUGGAACAGAAAACAAAAAAAGAACAAUCCACUUUUAAGACUUUGUAAACACCAACACACCAGUGUUGCUGAAAAACGUUCACCAUUAUCCAGUAUUAUAUUCGAAGAAACCAAUAUCUAUCCUUCAAAUAAAAAUGUUAAUAGCCAAAAUAACUUUCAAAAGAAUGAUAAACAAGGUGUCUUUCAAGAGAAUUAUAAGAAUGAUAGCCAAGGUGACUUUCAGGAGAGUGACAGUGACUUCCAAGAGUGUGAUAGCGAUUUCCAAGAGUGUGAUAGCAAUUUCCAAGAGAGUGAUAGCGACUUUCAGGAGAAUAAUAGCGAUAGUUUCUCCUAUUACUCAGAUCUGCAAGAUUCUGAAGAGUUUGGUAGACUAAUUGAAGAGGAUAAAGAAUUUGAGGAUGAAAUUAGUAUAACAGAUUUUAUAUUAGAAAAAUCUUUUAAAUCGCAAUGUGGAUACUUAUGGUUAGCUGAUGAACAAUUUGCGAUAAUACCAACUAGAUGGAUUCAAAAUCAAGUGAAGGUUUGGCUCAUGGAUCAACCUGAACCUAAUGAGUAUGAAUAUUUUGUGGAUGAAAUAGUGUAUCAAAAUAAUAAUCGAUCAUAG